AUGAACAACAUGAACCAACAGUUCAACAACCUCGACGAACUACAACGUCAACUGCAAGAACGUGAACGAGAAGUCCACGCGCUCAAGGCCCAGCUUCACCUGGCAUCCCAGAACCACACCCAGUCUUCGUUUGCCAGCCAGCAGUCGCACUAUCCUGUUGAGCACAGUGAUUUCCCCGUAGACUUUGUCAACGUCCCGAGAAACGUGCCCGCGCAACAAUAUGCCGUUCGCUCCGUGGGAAAAGUCCAGCGCAGCAAGUCCACCAUGGGACAUGCGCCGUCGUCCAUGUCGUCAGGCCGUCCGAUGGACCAAAGCGGCGAACGUCAGCACCCCUUGAAGCGCCCCAGAGUCAUGUCUCAACAGUACACACCAUCGCCUUCCAUGACCACCAGCAUGUCACGUAGCGGUUCCAGCCAGUCGUCGCGAAAUAUGCCAUUCAUCGCAGCUGGGCCCAUCGCUCCUCUCCAAAGCUCCACUACAGCCCACACGCCGCACAGCGGCUUCAGCCAGGCCCGAGACGGCUCCUCCAGCAACUACGGCUUUGCCACGUCCCUCCAGCGCUCAAACACAACGCAGCGCCGCUCAUUUCUGCAAAGCGUCGAGGAGCACAGCUCUCUAGAUGGUGUUGGCAUUCACCCGUUGGCCUACCUGGAAGCACACGAGACCACCGACGCUGUAGCAUCUUCAAAUCCAAGACCCCCGCCUGCUCAAAACUACGCUCUAUCACACAGCAAUCGCGACUCGAGCUCUAGCCUCAUGAUGUCGGCUUGUCCAUCCAUGACGUCGGGGCCAUCUGCCGCAGAAUCGGCAGCGUUGACCCGGGACAACAGCUCCUUCGACAAUUCUCUUGUUGGCGCAUUUGAUAUGGCCAGGCUCGACUCGACGCACUCCCAACAGACGGACUUGUCUCUGGACCAGGACUUCUACGUCUCGUUCCAGGAUGACACUUGCGACAAGAGCGGCGACCCCAUGUCCUACCUGGGCGAAGGUUUCCUUGACCCCUCGUCCCAAGAUUAUUCCACCUCUGCCCAUAGUGAGCAGUUUCUGUCUCAAGAGUCUAUCGGCAUGGAGCGAUCCAACAGCUCCACCUCCACACAGUCCAGCGUGGAGCGCCGUGCACGCGAAGCACGCCGACGCCACAACCAGAAUGCCACGAGGCUGCUCGCAGCAAAGCCCCAAGCUGUCGUCAAGAGUUCUCCGGCACAGGCCUCCAAAAAGGACGGCAAGGUGGCCAUGACAAAGAGCGGCCCGUACACCAGGCCCAAGCACCCCAAGGUCAAGUGCACCAUGUGCGACGAUAACCCGCAGGGCUUCCGAGGCGAGCACGAACUGAAGCGGCAUGUUGAAGCGAAGCAUGCCGGCGUUGUCAAGAAGUUCAUUUGCCGAGAUCCUGCCCUUGCUGGCAUCUCCACCGCUGUUCAAGCCCUUCACCCCCUCAGCCAGUGCAAGCAAUGCAAUGCCAAGAAGCAAUACGGUGCUUAUUAUAACGCAGCGGCACACUUGCGUCGGACACACUUCAAGCCCAAGGUUGCCCGGGGCAAGAAGGCGCGCGGUGACGACGAGGAGAAGCGUGGUGGCAGUGGCGGCGGUGACUGGCCACCAAUGACCGAGCUGAAGGCCUGGUUCGAAGAAGUGUAUGUGCACAGCAGCGAAACCAACGAUGCGGACGAGGACGAGGACGACAACGACGCAGCCAACACGGCCAUGACGGCGAUGGAUAUGACGUACCCAAUCAUCGGCAAUAAGCUGCCCCAGGAGCCGGACUUUUCCGGGUACAGUAUGGGUCCCGAGCUGUCACUCGACACGAUGUCUCCUGACCAAGCCGCACUCAUUUCUCCGGCCACCUUUGAGUUUUCUCCUUUUACUACUUUGUCGCCGGUGGACAUGAUACCAUCCGAUGCUACCUUCUCGGCCAUGAACGCUUUAACGUCAGCGAAUUGCGGAAAUCAAAUGUCGCAAGGAUUCAUGGUUGACGAAUACGCGUCCUUUGCAUUCGACGGAGCAGUCUGA